UACUGGCCAUCGAAGUUUGCGUGCAUUGAUUCAACAUUUUAUUCCAAGUGUAACUUCAAACUUGAACUUUUUUCUCCGAAUUGUCGAGUUAUUCAAGGUAGGUGGGCGAGCGCUGUGCUGCAUCCAUUCUUGUAUGCAAAAACAAUGUGAUAUGAAACAAGUCCACCCGGACCGCGGCUUAGAUGUCAAGGCCUCCCAAUUCGUCAAUGCAAUUCGGCCGACUUCUUCCUAUUUUGGAUAGCUAUAAAUCUGCAGUGUCUCAGACUGGGAGACACAAGUAGUUCGACCACUUACUACGCUACCAUCCCAAUCAACAUGAAGGCAGUCGCAGCUUUUGUCCUCCUUGUAGUGGCCCUGUUUGCCAUUGCUCAGGCCGCUGAACAGAAGGAGACACUGAAGGGCGAAGCCGCUACCUUUUAUGGAGCUUAUCCUUAUGGAGCCUAUGGAGUCCACCCAUACGCCUACUCUGCAUACCCCUACGCAUCAGCCUAUGGCGCCUACCCCUAUGGAGCCUACCCCUACUCUGCCUACCCGUACUACUACAGAUGAACAUCUUCAUCCAGUCUGUAUUCCGGGUAAACUUCAUCUACAGGCCACAUCAGUCUUCACUAUCAACUCAAUAGAACUCAAUCAAAUUGUCCAGGUACUCCAAUAAUCCAGACACUCCGGUUUUUCUCGCUUAUUUUGUUUCACAAUAAAAAUUGCAGUCACAAAAAAA